GUAAAGUCAUUGUCUUUGGUGCCUUGGUUCUUCACACACACAUUUGUGCACAGGUACUAUAUAACACAGACACAAGCUCACACAUGGUUUCUCGUCUCUCCUUCUCCCUCCUCCUCAUCGCCUCCAGACUCUCAGGAAUGGACGGGAUUAGGUUGAUGUCUGUGUGGACAGGAGACUCCAUCGCCAUCCCAUGUAUCUAUCAUCAGGAUUACAUAAACCAUGUCAAAUACUGGUGUAAAGGGGAUUCCUGGAAUACAUGCUCUUAUGUGGUACGCACUGACCAUCCCAAUAGCAGUGGUAAGACCUCAGUAUCUGAUGCCGUCAAUCUGAGAACCUUUACUGUGACUAUGAAAAGUCUAGAACAAAGUGAUUCUGAUAUUUACUGGUGUGUAGUGGAGAAGAACGGACCAGAUGAAUGGCUAGAAUUGUUCAAACUAGUCAUUACAGACAGUCCUAUUGUUGACCAAGAGGAGACUGGAGUUGAGUUGAGUAUUCAAGAGAUCUUUGCAGUUCAGACCACAACACAGUUUACCACCACCAUCACAAUGCCAAUACCAACUACCCAAGAGCUCUCAGUUAUGACGGGAGAAUACGCACUCUCCUCUUCCACCUCGCAGGCCUCAGUCAACAACACACACCAUGGAGCCCAGCGGUGGGAGCGAACAUUAUUCUACCUGACGAAAACUGUUAAUGCAGUGGUCUUCCUCCUGUGCACCAUCAUGGCUGUGGUGAAGUAUAGGACAAACCGACUCCGAAGUCAAACUGAGGAUUAGUAGAAACCUCUGAGGUGCCACUUGGAGUAUCACUUCACACACCACUGUGGACACACGCUCACACUCACUCACUAUGGAAAAGUUAUUAAAUGUGUUUAACAGACAUUUCAAGUGUGUGUAUAUGAGUGUUUCAUGCUUAGCCUAUGUGUACUUGUAAAAUGGAAGUCAUGAUGACCAAAGUGUUGUUGACAGAUAGUUAUUAAGUUGAUUCAUAGUUGAUAUU